UUACAUCUACAUUCACAUUUUGGUCAUUUAGCAGACGCUCUUAUCCAGAGCCACUCACAGUUGGUGCAUUCAACUAAGCAUUUCAGAGACCCAAGACGAGAGAAUGGGGAAUGAGGGCAAUACAUCUUGCGACAACAUAGAUGACAAUGUCACACCUAAAUCAUACAGAUAUGCAUUGCUGUCAAUAUACACUAUAGUGCUUAUUGGAGGGAUCAUCAGCAUGUCCCUCAUGAUCAACAACAUCAAGUUCAACGCCUGCUCAGUGACCACCACAGCCGUCUUGAACCUGAUCAUGGUCCACAUCCUCUUUCUCCUGACUGUGCCCUUCCGCCUCUACUUCUAUGCGGCCGGCGAGUGGCAUCUCGGCCCUAACUUCUGCAAGGUGGUCAGUGCCAUGAUCCUCGCCCACAUGUACCUAGCCUUUAUCUUCUACGUGAUAAUUCUGGUGAUCCGCUAUCACGACUUCUUCAGGAGUUCUAAGCAGGUGUUCUACAGGAGGCUACAUGCCGUGGGGGCCAGUGCUGCUGUCUGGGGCCUCAUUCUAAUUGUGGUGGUCCCUUUAACUGCUGUGAAAUAUGGAUCAUCUACAGACAGUAACACAACCACCAGUGACAAUCAGUGCUUUAACUUUGGAGGGGUUUUUGAUGAGAAACAUGAAGUAGCUGUGCUGAACUACAUCCUCAGUGCUCUCAUCAUCAUACUUACAUUAGCCCUGGGCUGUUGUCAGAUGUGUAUUCUGUGGUGUGUGUACAGAACUCACAGGGCGAUGAUCUUCUCGCAACAGGAGUUUUGGGCUCAGAUCAAAAGUAUUUUCUUUAUGCUGGCCAUUAUAGUAUGCUUUGUUCCAUACAAUGCAUUCAGGAUUUACUAUGUGAGUCAUUUUAAUGCCAAUCUCCAGGUAAAGAAUGAGAUUGCUCUCGCCGUCACAACAUACAGCUGCUUUGACAUGCUGACUUUUAUAGGGAGAGGGUCGUUCAGACCCUGUGAUACAAUAUGCUGUGUACCAUGAUUAUCAACACUGAUUAUUGAGUCAAAUAUUAUUCUAUUUGCACCUUAUUUGCACCAUGUUAACCAAAUGUACAAAACUACAGUGCACAAAACAUUAGGAACACCUGCUCUUUCCAUGACAUAGACUGACCAGGUGAAUCCAGGUGAAAGCUAUGAUCCCUUAUUGAUGUCACCUGUUAAAUCCACUUCAAUCAGUGUAGAUAAAGGGAAGGAGACAGGUUAAAGAAAUAUGUUCAAGCUUUGAGACAUGGAUUGUGAAUGUGUGCCAUUCAGAGGGUGAAUGGGCAAGACAAAAUAAGUGCUUUUGAACGGGGUAUGGUGGUAGGUGCCAGGCGCACCGGUUCGAGUGUGUCAAGAAGUGCAACGCUGCUGGGUUUUUCACGCUCAACAGUUUCCUGUGUGUAUCAAGAAUGGCCCACCAUCCAAAGGACAUCCAGUCAACUUAACACAACUUUUGGAAGUAUUGGAGUCAACAUGAGCCAGCACCCCUGUGGAACGCUUUCGACACCUUGUGGUCAAUGCCCAAUGAGUUGAGGCUGUUCUGGGGGCAAAAGGGGGUGCAACUCAAUAUUAGGAAGGUGUUCCUAAUGUUCUGUACACUCAGUGCAUAUACUUUGAUAUCCUUCAAAGUGAAAGAGUUAUAACUCUUCUCCAAGGUAAAUUACUCGUUAUAGCACUUUCCUAAGUAGGAUAUGAUAAUGCCAUUUAGCAGAUGUUUUUAUCCAAAGCGACUUACAGACAUGUGUGCAUACAUUUUACAUAUUCCAGAUGUCCCUGGAAUUGAACCCACUAUCUUGGUAUUGUGGACGCCAUGCUCUACAAACUGAUCAAAUCAGAAAAGACAAGAAAACAAACAGUGGAACUAUGUUUAUUGUUAUCUGUUGUAAAGUUCUGGAACAUUAAACAAAGUAGUUACACACUGCCACUCCACAUUGAUGGGUUUGUACAUGUUAGCUAAACUGAUUCCUAAAUAACCAGUCACCUAGUGUGUCAUACUGUUACAUUUACAUCUAUUUUAUGCUAAUUAUGUAACAAACAUAUACAUGUUGAUAAAUCAUGCAACCUUUAUAUUUUUUACAACUACAUUUUCAAGUGAAUCAUAUCUUUGAUUAAAAUGUUCCUCUUU